AUGGACUCUUAUAAUGAAGCUGAAGAGCUUGCUUCCACCAUUCUCGCCUCUUCAUCUCCUCCCAAGAUCUCUGCCGCUUGCACUGCAGUCGAAGCAUUUCUCUGUAAGCACAAGGCAGACCAGAGCCGUUCCUUCUUCUCGAUCGCGUUUCCUUCUCUAAUUAGUAAAAUUUUUGGAUUCAAUGAAUUUUCAUCGCAGAAAUCGUCCAUAUCUAGUGGAUGGAUUGAUCAGAUUCAGGCUUCCAAUGAUUCUGAGCUUGCAGGUAGGGUCUUCAACCUGCUUUCCCCGUCUGGUGUUUUGAUUUCAUCGAUUUUUGCUGUAGAUCGGCAUUCUCUGGUGAAAUAUGUGUUUCCGGUUGAGAGAUUGCCGGAAUGGACGAGGUUUAUGCUUCAGAAUGAGAGAGAUUGUCGUGUCUUAUCGAAUUUAUGCCUGUUGUUCAAAGGGAGGAUUAAAGCGGAUACGAUUAAGGGUUCUUUCUAUGUUCAGUUGAAUGUAUUUGAAUACUACAUGUUCUGGUUUGCUUAUUAUCCUGUGUGCAUGGGCAGUAGUGAAAGUUCUGACGCUGUGGUAAUUAAAAAAAACAGUUGGUUUUGGUUAGAGAACUGGACCUCUUCGUUUCCAGUUUUAUGGUCUGCCACCCGCGGGUUAGGGCAGAAGAAAGAGUGUAGCUUGUACGUUCGACUUCUCUAUGCUUACCUAAAGGUGUUUGUCUCGGAUCAUAGUUCAAAUGCUCCUCAGCCUUACCGUGGUUCUCUUCUUCAUUAUUCAUUAGGAUACGAUGGCUCCGCUCUCAUGCAUGCAGAGUUCCUGAUUAAUACGUUGAUACAUUUUUGGUUGGUUGAUAGUGAUUUUUCACCAUUGCCUGUGAACGUAUGCCGAUCAUUUGGUGUGUCUUUCCAUUUUCGAGCAAUUUUGGACGAGAUUCCACCAAGUUCUGGGCUGGGAGAAGUUGUGAAAUUGUUUGUGAAGUCUCUGAUGAGAAGCUUGGUUGCUUCUACGGAAUGGUUUGAUCCGGUUGAAUCUACUGGAAGUCCCCGAUGGAAUGUUUCAGGCUCCAUUGAUGUUUUAAAGUCUAGGGCCGCGCUGUCACUAUUUUCUUAUGGGGGUUCCAUUGGUUAUUGGGCCACUUCGGUUCAAAGGCCAUUGUACAGGUUCAUAUUGAGAACAUUUUUGUUAUGCCCAAUGGAGACUUCCAUGAAGAAUGCAUCCGAGGUAUUCUCACUCUGGAUCACUUACAUAGAACCGUGGAAGAUUAAAUUGGAAGAAUUUUUGGAGCUUGAUGCACUUGUAGAGCAAUCCACUGAAAACUCAAGAAAUGAGAAUUCUCACUUCCCAUAUAUAAGGGAUGCUCUCAAGGAUGGGCGUCAAUUUGCAAGUGGAUAUACAUCUCCCUGGCAAGGUUUUGUGUUGUCCAAUUACCUGUUCUAUAGUUCUUUGGUUAUGCAUUUUCUUGGAUUUGCCCACAAGUUUCUUCACACGGAUCCAGAAACAAUUAUUCAGAUGGCGUUGAAGGUACUAAAUGUUUUAACAUUAAGAGAGCUGAUAGAUGUAUUAAAGAGAGUAGAUGCCGCAUUUCAUUCAAAACCAAAUGUAUCUUUCACAUCAAUUGUUGACAGUUUACAGAAAUAUGUUCCAUCUAUUCAGGAGCAGUUGCAGGAUUGGGAGGAUGGCUUAUUUGAGAGUGACGCUGAUGGAUCCUUCUACCAUGAAAACUGGAACCAAAAUUUAUGGCUCUUCGGUGAUGGCGAAGAUGGUGGACAUCAGUUGCUUCAGUUGUUGAUAUUGCGUGCUGAAUCUGAAAUCCAAGCAAUUUCCAGUGACAAUAUGCCAUGCAACCUUCAGACCCUACAUUCCUUGAAAGCUCAGAUGUGUUCCUUAUUUGGUGUUCCUAUUGGAAGAACCACACCUGCCACACCCGAAGUGAAGCCGGUUCAGCACACCAGGGAUGAGAUAUUCAAGCCCAGGAAGGUUGGGAAUCAAACAUUAGCUGAUGUGAAGUACAAUGGUGACUGGACGAAGCAGCCAAUCUCUGAUGGUGAGGUUGCAUGGCUUGCAAGGUUGCUUCUCAGUUUUUCAGAUUGGUUAAAUGAGACUCUUGGGUUGACCUUGGGAGAGACGAGGCACGCAUGCCUAUCUUGGUCCUACGUGGACCUUGCAGAUGAUGAAUUAGGCAAGGUGGAUGGGCUCAAGAAGGCUUUUAGGAUUGUCUUGUGCUCUGUUACCUAUUACCUUCUUGUGUUGGCUCUGAUGAUAGUAAAGUUAAUGAAGUUGGAUGGUCUGCAGGUGAACCUAAGGGUGUUAGCUUCAAAGAAGAUCGUGAUGGUUUUGCUUGUAUCUGCUCUGUUUGGUGCUUUGAAGAAGGUUUGA